AUGGUCUUCCAAGGCCUGUUUUUGAUGUCCGCCUUUACGGCCGGCAUGAAAUUAAAGCCAAAAUUGAACCCGAAACGAGAGGAAAGGGCUCGUUAUAUCUCUUCAAAAGGAGGGGCCAGCAUUGUAGCCAGAGGUUUGUCGUACACUUACCCGGGUAGCGACAAACCGGCGCUUAAAAAUAUCAACUUUUCGCUAAAUGCCGGUGAAACCUUGGCAAUAGUUGGAUACAAUGGUUCAGGGAAAUCUACGCUUGCAAAAAUUUUAUUGCGUAUAGUUGACUACGAUAAAGGCUCACUGCUUGUCAAUAAUGUCAAUGUCAGAAACUAUCACCCUGCAGACUAUCACAGCCACUUGAGCGCGGUGUUCCAAGGCUUCUCCAAGUACAGCAGCACGUUGAAAGAGAAUGUAGGCUUAGGAAACAUUGACAAAAUUGGGUAUGUGCCCGCCAUCCAAGAAGCUAUUCACCUGGCUGAGGCCGACAAGUUUGUCGAGUCUCUUCCACACGGCCUCAAAACAAUGCUGGCGACUCCUGGAUUUGAAAGUAUGUCCUAUCCUGGGAUGAUGAAUGAUGGAGAAUCAUCGAAACGGCAUGACUUGUCGGGUGGCGAGUGGCAAAAAGUUGCUCUAGCGAGAGCAUUUAUGCGAGCAAAAGAGCCUGGAGUUGAUCUUCUAAUAUUUGAUGAACCUACCUCCUCCCUGGAUGCACUAGCACAAAGCCACAUUACUGCUACUUUAAAGAGUAUAUCCCGGACACCAACCGGUGAAAGGACAAAAACUAUAAUUUAUAUCACUCAUAGUGUUGCAACAGCGCGCGGUGCGGAUAAAAUUGCCAUGAUGAAAGAUGGAACAAUAACUGAGUUCGGAACUCAUGAGGAGCUUCUUUCCAAACCAGACGGGGGAUAUGCUGCGCUAUAUAAUGCAGCACAGGGGAACCCAUCACUCUAG